AUGGCAACCGCUCAGACAACGUCAAGAAAGAAAACUGUUCUGACGAUCAAAGAAAAAUAUCUUGCUUUGAAAGAGCUUGAAAAAGAAGGAACAACUAAAAAGUCUAUUGCUAAAAAGUAUGGUGUCCCACCUAACACACUUUCAUACUGGGUUAAGAAUAAAAGUGACAUUUUUACCAAGUAUGAAUCAGGCCAGUAUGGAGUUAAAAGACCAAAGCUUUCUUCCGGAAAAUACGAUAACAUUGAUAAAGCAGUUUACAAGUGGUUCGUUAAUGCUCGUGAAAGAACUGUGCCGAUUAGUGGUCAAAUCAUUCGAGAAAAAGCAUUGGAUUUUGCAAAGCAAUUCAACGAACCUGAUUUUAAAGCUUCAGAAGGCUGGCUAGACAGAUGGAAGUACAGACAAAACAUCAUUUACAGAAUUAUUUCUGGAGAGGAAAAGUCUUGUACACCAGGGAUGACAGCAAGCUGGGAAGAAACACACCUGCCAACCAUUUUGUCACACUAUGAUUUACAAGACAUUUUCAAUGCUGAUGAAUUCGGCUUGUUCUACCAGAUGCUUCCAACAAAUACCUAUCAUGCCAAAGGUGAAAGAUGUGCUGGUGAAAAGUUCAGCAAAGUUCGUUUGACAGGACUUGCAGCAGGAAAUGCCCUAGGUGAAAAGUUGCCCAUGUUCGUUAUCGGAAAAUCGGUUACACCGCGCUGUUUCAAAGGAGUCAGAAGUCUUCCCUGUCAGUACAAAGCUCAAAAGAAGGCCUGGAUGGAUUCUAAAAUCUUUACCGAUUAUGUGAAAAAACUCGAUGUUAAAUUUGAAACUGCGGGUCGAAAGAUUGUCUUGAUAAUUGACAAUUGCCCAGCUCAUCCAGAAGUCACUGGUCUUAAAGCAGUAGAAUUAGUUUUUCUACCACCAAAUACAACGUCUAAGACCCAGCCCAUGGAUCAAGGUGUAAUCCGAGCAUUGAAGGCAUAUUACCGGUCAAAUCUUGUGAAACGUCAAAUAAAGUUCAUUGACGGCGAAGCAGGCAUCUCAAAAGAAGCACAGAUCACGAGUCUCAAUGAUGCUGAUGACCCAUUUAAAUCUCCUUCUGACAGCAUAAGCGAGUUGAAAAAAAGAGAAGUUGACGGCGACAUCUUUAACGCAGAUGAUUUUGUGGAUAUUGAUUUUGAGGUAUGCACGAGUAAAUCAAUUGAAUUGACUGAUGAGGAAAUCGUGGAAAUCGUACUUAAUGAGGACAAAGAUCAAAACGCGCCGAAUCUCGAAGAUGACGAUGAUGAUGAAAUUGAGGCACAUGACAUCCCCCCGAAGAAGCCAAAGCAGUCAGAGUUGGAAGAGGCCUUAGAAUUGUUGGAAAGAUGGUCUUUGUUUGACGAGAAUGGUCUUGAAAUCAGAAAGCAGUUAAACAUGAUAACACGUACAUGUCAAAAACACUACAUCGAUAUUGGCCAAAGCUAUCAAGAUUCUGCUGAUCCUAUCACACGGCUCAAAUGGAACGUAACUUUAGUACUCUUUUAA